AUGUCUUACGAUCGUGAUAAUUCUUACGGCGGAAGCGGUGGUGGUUACGGACGGGACGACGGUGGACGUCGAAAUGACGACCACAACAGACGUGAUGAUAACUACGGACGUCGUGAUGAUGACCGCCGCGAUGACAGACGUGAUGAUAGACGCGAUGACCGUCGAAAUGACGGCGGUUAUGGUGGUGGUAACUCUGGAUAUGGCGGCUCCGGUGGCGGUGGAUCAUAUGGCUCCGGUGGGAACUCAGGCUACAGUGGCUCUGGGGGUAACUCUGGAUAUGGCGGCUCUGGAGGCAAUUCUGGCUACGGUGGCUCCGGAGGCUCCGGAGGCAAUUCCGGAUAUGGUGGUUCCGGAGGAAACUCUGGAUACGGCGGCUCUGGUGGUAACUCUGGAUAUAGUGGUUCGGGCGGCAACUCUGGAUAUGGCGGUCGUGAUGACCGAGACUCAGACCGUCGAGACCAUGGAGGCUCUGGAUCCUACGGCCGGGACGACAGACGGGACGACCGUCGUGAUGACCGCCGCGAUGACCGACGGGAUGACCGUAGAGACAACCACGGAAACUCAGAAUAUCGUCGUCCACAAGGUAGCGGCACCCACGGAUACGACGAUGACAGCGAUGACGACUUCGAACAAGCCAAGAAGACAGCAAAGAAGCAAUCUGGCAAGCAAGACAAAGACGAUGAUGAAGAGACCAGCCUUUUCUCUACUGCCUUGAGUUUCUUGAGCGAUAAGAAAAAGAACAAGAAGAUCAACACCGAUGACUUCGAUGAAGACAGGGUCGUCAAGGCUCACAAGAAUACCUAUGGAAGCAAUAGCAAUAGCAGCAGCAACAAUGAUUCCGGUACUAUUGGUGCCGCCGCAGCUAUGGAGGCAUUAAAGAUGUUCAGUGGCAGCGGUAGCAGCAGUGGCGGUGGAAAACAGGACAAGAACCAACUUAUUGGACUUGCCAUGAGUCAAGCUGCAAAGAUGAUGUCUGGAAAGCCGCAAGAAGAGAAGCAAAGUGCCGUUAACCAGGCCGCUGAAAUGGCUCUCAAGAUGUACUUGAAGAGUGGAAAGGAUAGUAGUUCAUCCGGUGGCAACAGUAGCAGCAGUGGUGGUCUCGGUGCCGGUGACUUGCUCGGACUUGCGUCCAAGUUCCUUUCGAAAUAA